AUGCGUGCAAAAGUGGCAAUAUCUCGAGACAGUGAGCUGUAUUAUAAUUCAUGUCGGAAGCGACGUGGACGAAUAAUGGAUUCCCGGAUAAUCGACUAUUCCGUUACAAUCUCAACUCCAUCAGAGGAAAAGCCUGCGUUCACUUUCUGUGAUUUAGCGCAAAUCAAUUCGUCCCUCAUCCGUCGGCUGUCGGUUCGACCUCAUAUAGAAACUCUUCCAUGUCCAUCUAUCGAAGAUAAUGGUAAAGAGAACGAAAACGGCGAUGAGAAUGGAGCAAAGGAACCAUCGGUAGAACUUGAAGAAGAACAACAGGACGAGUCAUCGGCAAGUGAGAAGCCGAUGUCAGAAAGUCGUGAAGAAGUGAAGGAGGAGGAGAAGAAGGAUAAUGAGAAAAUAACCUCAAUAAUAAGACCCAAUCGUAAUACUGAAGAAGCAAAACAGAACAGGUCAUACGCAAGGAGAUCCGAUCAAACUAUCUAG